AUGGAGGGGGGACGCCUGGGGGCCUAUAAAGCUGGCCUCCCAGACAGGGACCCCAAGGAGCUCCGCCAAGCCCAGUGCCAGGCAGGGACGCCCCUCCCGGGAGUAGCCGGCGGCAUGCUUCAGAGCCACUACUCAGAGGACGAGCCAGCUCUGCUCACCCUCGGUCACUACCAAAAAGUCUCCUCUGGGCGAAGAGAGCGGCUUAGUGUCAAGGCAGACGCGUCCCGGGAGGUGGGGAGCCGUCUCUCCGUGCCCUUCCUCCUCCUGCUGCCGCUGGGAGCCUGUUUCCCUCUGCUGGACACGAGGGAGCCCACAGACACGGGGGGUGCCAUCGCAGCCGGUAUGAGCUGGGCCCACCUGGCCCAGGGGUCCAGACCCCACUUUGUGUGGGGGCCCUCCAGGUGGCCAAGAGCACCGCACGCACAGGCCCCGCUUGCCAGGGCCGAGGGGCUGCCAGCCUCCGGUGGGGGGCAGGCUGGCCUCCGCCUCGCCAGGCAGGACGGCAGUGAGGCCGCGGGCGAGAAGGCAGGUGGCCCGUUGGGGAGCCUGGCCGAGGAGCUCAGUGGCUACAGCAGGAAGAAAGGCGGCUUCAGCUUCCGCUUUGGCCGGCGUCGGAGGGCCAGGCGUUCUCGAGGGGCGGCGCCCCACGUCUCCCCUGCCCUCCUCCUUCAGCCUCCGAGACCCAGACUCCGAGAAGACGGGGCGUUCCCGUCGUCGGGUGCUGAGCAGGGGACGGCGAGGUGUGCGCUUGCUUUUGACUUCUAACUUUGCUGAGGAGAGAAAAAGGAAAA